AUUGAUUCUGCUUUAUUAAGCCUUAAAUCUGCUUCCUAUAAUAUCCAAAGGACAUCUAUCGAAAAUGUCGCUCAUGCAAAGUAUGUACCAUAACUGAAGCGAUAACAUGGGUGACAUGGCCACGGUCUUGGGCUCAGAUUGGCCUGGGCAUCCCCCUUUCGAAGAUGUACGUUUUUGUGCCACUCAUUAAGCAUGGUCAGUGUAGUGGUAGACUAAUGGACCUACAACCUGCGACAGACCCUCUGAAAUUUUCCUGUCAGUUGACUCAUUGCGAUUCCCGGCUGCCUUAUCAAACGAUGUUUCUGCUUAUUCACAAUCUCCGUAUAUCAUACGUUCUCUGAACGCCAGUUACCACUCCGCACGCCCUUUUGAAACCGUCGAGACACUUUCCAUAAUGCUUAGAACCAUCGUGCUUCAUAUGUUGAAUCAUCUUGCUCCAUCAAACCUCCCUUAUGCCGUCACAUUAUCGCUAUCGUCAUGCAAUACUAACCUCUCAGCCUCCACCUGGGCUCCGCUCCCAGCCACAACACGUGCGCUCACGACCCAUCUUUCUUAUGACCCUACGACCGACCGUAUUGCCUAUGCUCUGGGGAAAUCGAUCUUUAUCCGCUCUGUUUCUGACCCGUCUCUCUCCUGGCAGUUCACUGGCCACACCCACACCACCACCGUUGCCCGUUUCUCUCCCUCUGGCUACUACAUUGCAUCUGGCGAUGAGUCCGGGCAGGUACAAGUGUGGGACUGUUCCCUUGAGGGCUCGCAGUCCGUCAAGUCUUCUUUCCAGAUCAUUUCUGGCCGUAUUAACGAUCUUUCCUGGGAUGCAGACUCCAAGCGUAUUAUUGCCGUGGGUGAUGGUAAGGAAAAAUUUGGCCACUGUUUCACCUUCGACACCGGAAACUCUGUUGGUGAGAUAUCUGGACAUUCCGCUGCCAUCACCGCGGUUGCCAUCAGACCGGUGAGACCGUUCCGCGCGGUUACCGUGGCGAACGACUCUGCGCUUGUCGUGUUGUCCGCCCCGCCGUACAAGUUCCAAUCCAGUGUAAGAGGCAACCACUCCAACUUUAUCAGAGACGUAAAGUACUCGCCUGACGGUGAGUUCAUCGUGAGUGUGGGUGCAGACCGAGCCAUUGUGGUGUAUAGCGGGGCUGGCGAGCUCGUCCGCAAAGUAGAAAACGCCCACGAUGGUGGGAUUUUCGCGGUUUCUUGGGUUAACUCCACCCAAUUUGUCACCUCUGCUGCUGACUCAACCGUCAAGUUGUGGAGUACUGAGGGUACCGCAGAAAAAACCUGGACGUUCGAAAAGGCCGUGGCUACCCACCAGGUUGGGGUUGUCGCCACCAAGACCGAUAUCAUCUCGUUAUCCCUCUCGGGUGAGCUCAACUUCUUAAGUUUGGACUCCGAUGCGCCUGUGAGGAUUGUAAAGGGGCAUCAAAAGUCCAUCACCGCUAUAGCGGUGGGCGAAAGGCUCUAUACCGGUUCAUACGACGGGAGGAUCGCUGAAUGGGACUUGCAGACCAAGAGCGCCUCCUACCUCGGGGGCACAGGCCACACAAACAUGGUGAUUGGACUCAACAACUUGGGUGACAGCGUCAGCAGUGUGGGCUGGGACGAUAAGUUACUGAUCAUCGACCAGAAGGGGUCAAGCCACGAAUCAGAGACCGUUUUGGGCGGGCAGCCAAAGGGUACGGCCAGCCAUGGCACUACCACCGCUAUAGUUACCGAAUCUGAACUUCUUGUGUUUGAGCUCGGGACGCAGGUACAUACCUCUAAGCUUGACUUUAUUGCCACCUCCGUCACUGCCUCUGCGACCGGCAUCAUUGUGGGUGGCCAGAACGGGUCCUUAAACGUCUUUGAUGCAAAGACAUACGCAAGGACCACUUUGGCUCCACUUCGUUCGGCUGUGAGCAAGGUGGCUCUCUCUGCAUCAGGCUCGCAUUUGGCCGUGGCUGAUACAACGGGGAAGAUUGUGUUGUACGAAACGACCAACGGUACCGUUGUUACCUCCCGUUGGUCCUUCCAUAACGCCAGAGUCACGAGCAUGAGUUGGCAUGGAGAUGAGUUCCUUGUGUCUGGGUCUCUUGACGAACAGAUCAUUGUCUACAGUGUGGCGAGACCUGCUAAGAAUAUCAAGUUCCCUGGUGCUCACUACGGCGGGGUCACUGCUGUCGCCUGGUUAGGCGAGCAGGUUGUCAGUGGCGGCAACGACGGUGUUGUAAAGCUUUGGGAUGUCAAGUUCCAUGCCUAAGAGUUGAGCGGAAUGGUUAGACCACAGAUUUUGGUGUAUAACUUUGAUAAAUAGUUAUUGGCCUUGAAACUAAAUUAAGCCCCUGGAUAGGAGCGAAACAUUCUCUCCUAGGGUUAUUUACCAUGAUAUUAGCAUCCCAUUGUAGAAG